AUGCUUGGACCCAGCCCUAAAGAUGAUCCGGAGAAGAACCCUCUGUAUUACAAAAUCUAUAAUGUCACAAAUACCAUGGACAUAUUACGCACUGAAUGCAUUAAGAUUCGUGAACGCAGCGCACGAUUCCGCUAUCACAAAGCGGUCGCCAAAUUCAAGUCCAUUUUGAACAAAAAUAUUGAUAGCCGCAGAGAUGAUAAAAUCAAGGCGUUCUUGGCGGGGCUUGAAACUGGUAACUCGAAGGAAGGGCUUCCCAACUCUUGGAAAAAUACGACUGAGCAGCGGGAAGAGGGACGUCCAAAUGAAGAAUCUCAAGCGCGCUUGCAGUUAUCACCGUUCCAUCAGGCGCGGUUAUCGAUCAAGUCUCUUUCGACGCUGCAGCUACCACUAUCAUCAGAGUUACAAGCACUUUCCACGAAAACCUUUGCCUACUAG